AUGCAGUCCAUCGCUGUCCGUGUCUUCCGCGGUACUCGCGCUAUCGUCAAGUACAAGACGGAGCGCGAUCUCCUUUUGAACAACAUCCGCCGCUACAUCGGCAUUUUGCAGGAGGGUCCCGAGGGUAACUACCUCAUUGAGGUUGCCCUCAACAUCCAGUCCCUGAAGGUCCAGGCCGACAAGAUGAAGUGGGCAUCCCAGGCCCUUGUUACCGACGCCGCAGCCAUGAACUUCGUUACAUCCCGAGACGCCCGCUUCUACCUCUUCAUCGUCCCUCGGGCCUGCGAUGAGGUCGGCCAUUGCACCCGCCACCUCUCCGAGCUCCUCCUGGACCACAUCCACCGUCCUGUUGCGAACUGCGAGCGUGAUAUCGCGAUUGAGCUGGGAUAUGCACUUGCUGACCUGGAAGCCCAUCUAGAAUAG